AUUUGGUAAACCUACUACCUAUUUUGCAGAUGAGAGUCCAAGAAAAAGUCCAAAUGACCCACACCUUGAAUCUUCGAGCCUACCAAUUAGCACAUACCUGCCACUUUAAUUAGAUUGCAGUAAUGUAUACAAGAGGGGAAGAGAAGCCAUAUAAAUUGACCAGGAAUAAUUAUUUUGGUAAGCAUCCCAUGUCGGUCUUCGCUAUGGAGCAAUGAAGUAAUGGGUUGAAUGAAGUCACAGUUGGUGGGGCGAUUGUCCUUCCACACAUAAUUGAUGACAGAAGAUUGGAUGGUAAAACAACUGUAGCAGCAAACCAAUGGCAUCAAGUCAUUUCAGAAGCCAAAGAACACGGCAAGUUACCUACAAAGUACGCAGUUACAUCCUCUGGUUUGGUCUAAAUCAAGCAGGGGUUGACAGAGAACUACGAAUCCAACCGAUGUCACGUGAGAUAUUAAUGGUGAAUUGAUCGUUUAGAGAAAGGGGAAGAGGGCGCAGCACUACUACUUCCUUAAUCGACAUAACAUUAUGCACACUCCAUAUAUGGUGUGUUCUCGUUGUCCCAAUUUCACAUUAGUCUCAACUCAACCUUAGCAUGUUUUCUUUGGGUAGAAAAAUUCAACUUUCUCUGCGGCAUAACGUAAGGCCGUUCUGCAGCCAAUCACAAGGUUCCACCUCAUCAUCAUCAUCUUCUUCUUCCUUCAGUUCCUUUGUUGGGCCCACACAUGGUGACGAGAGGAUCGGAGACUUCGAAGCCUUUCUUAGAGCAAUCACUUCUGGGGUUGUGGUUGUUGCCUCCACGUUAGGCUUUUGGUAUUGCUCCUCUUUGUCUUCUUCUGGUUCCAAUUCUCUUGAGUCAUUUUCUGAUUUUGCCAAUCAGGAUCAGCUCCAACAAAAGCGUCAGACCAAACCCCCCAGGUUUCUCUUUAACGAUGACUAUAGAAGAAGAAUAUUCUUUAAUUAUGAAAAACGCAUUCGCUUGCAGAGCCCUCCUGAAAAGGUUUUCGAGUACUUUGCAUCUGUUAAAUCCCCUAGUGGUGAGAUUUUUAUGACACCUGCAGAUUUGAUGCGUGCCAUUGUUCCUGUCUUUCCUCCCUCCGAAUCAACCCGUGUUAGAGAGGGUUUUCUAAGAGGGGAGCAGGUUCCCGGGGAGUUGCAGUGUGAACCUUCAAAGUUUUUUAUGCUCUUUGACACUAAUAAUGACGGACUCAUUUCCUUUGCAGAGUAUAUAUUUUUUGUUACUCUCCUCAGCAUACCAGAGUCCAGCUUUUCAGUGGCUUUUAAAAUGUUUGACCUUGAUAACAACGGUGAAAUAGACAGGCAAGAAUUCAAGAAAGUGAUGGCCUUGAUGCGAUCACAAAACAGACAAGGGGCCAAUCACAGAGAUGGACGACGUCUUCGCGUCAAUACUUCUGUAGAAAAUGGGGGUCUCUUGGAGUAUUUUUUUGGCAAACAUGGAAAUUCAUGCUUGCAACAUGAAAGAUUUGUUCAAUUCUUAAGACAGCUGCAUGAUGAGAUCUUAAGGUUGGAGUUUUCCCAUUAUGACUACAAUAAAAGAGGAAGCAUUACAGCCAAAGAUUUUGCCCUGUCCUUGGUUGCAUCUGCAGACGUCAAUCACAUAAGCAAACUGUUGGAUAGGGUGGAAGAACUGAACAGGGACCAGCAACUCAGAGAAUUAAGGCUUACAUUCAAGGAGUUCCAAGAUUUUGCAGAAUUGCGCAAGAAGUUGCAAUCCUUUUCUCUGGCCAUAUUCAGUUAUGGAAAAGUUAAUGGGGCGUUGACAAAAACUGAUUUUCAGAGAGCAGCAUCUCAAGUUUGUGGUGUUUGUAUUACAGAUAAAGUGGUUGACAUAAUUUUUCAUGUGUUUGAUGCUAACCGUGACGGAACCCUAAGUGUAAGCGAGUUUGUGAGAGUUUUACAAAGAAGGGAGGAUAUUAAAUCAGGCUCUGGCUUCAUGGGUUUGGUAUCUUGCUGGUCGAACUGUGUAAAGAAUUGUUCAUCUAAAAAGCUUCAAUUAUGAUGGAACACAUUCAACCAUGCACAUCAUCAUUUAGGGAAUCUGGCAGAAGAUUCAUUCCCAUAGAAAUGGAAAUAUGCCGACGCUGUCACACCAUCACCGACUGCAAUCUACACACAAAAUGUAGAGUCUAAGACCUUUUGGAUUUGGUGCCCAAAGUCCUCUUCUAUUUGUACAUACUAUCUCCAGCUAUCCCUUAAAUUUAACUGUUGUCUUUCACUGUCAAUGCUAGUAAUACGAGUAAACAUUAAAUGAGUAGAUGA